AUGUUCUAUUCCACCAAUCCGGAUCGGCUACGAUAUAUGCGACAUUUUCAGUACCCAUUGAUCCACACACCAGUGAUCACGCCUACUUUCAAGCAACAUUUCCAUCGUCUUGUCAAAUAUGACGCAUCGUGCUGCAUUGAUCCGAUCGGCGUUGUGUCUAACAACGGUAUAGCAAAACCACGUCCAUCUCCUACUCUUUUCUGUUUUCCUGGUCUUCCAUCAACUCCGUGGCAUGAUACGACUACAUUUGACUGGAUACAACGUCUUGAAGCCAACCGCGACGUGAUUACGAACGAGUACUUGAAACUUUACAAGCAACGAAAUCUAUUGGCUAAAAAUCCAAGUAAUGACAAUGGAUUAAAUAAUCAAGAACAUCAAUUGCAUCAAGGUCAGUGGGACUGGCUCUCAUACGUGACACAGGGUCGUCGACAAGCAGAUUUUGCCAUACAAUGUCCAAAGACAGUCGAAAUCCUUGAGACGAUUCCUGGUUUGAUGACAAACAUACCAUUUGCGUAUGCAUUCUUCUCUAUUUUAAAGCCAGAGUCAAGUAUUAAAGCUCAUUCAGCUCCAUGUAAUCUUCGUCUACGAUGUCAUUUUCCAUUAUUUGUACCAGAAGGUUGUGGUAUUCGAGUUGGUAAUGAAACACGACAAUGGAAAGAAGGCAAAGCAUUUGUGCUAGAUGAUGCAUUUGACCAUGAAGUGUGGCAUCAUGGAAAGAAAGGAGAUCGUGUCUUAUUGCUUUUUGAUGUUUGGCACCCGGAUCUUGUAGAAGAAGAACGUCAUGCUAUUGUUGAAAUGUUCAAAGAUGCAAAAAAUAAGGGAUGGCUCAAGGACGAUAGUGCUAGUUUUUGUUAA